GGGGGGAGAAAAUGUCUGAAGUCUUCUCGAAGGACGCUGUGACGUCUCACAACAAGCCGGACAACCUCUGGAUUAUCAUUGAUGAAGAUGUCUACGACCUCACCAAGUUCCAGGAUGAACAUCCUGGCGGAAAAAAGAUCUUGCAGCGAGUCGCUGGAAAGGAUGCCUCGAAGCAAUUUUGGAAAUACCACAAUGCUGGCGUUUUGAAAAAGUACAGCCCCCAACUGAAGGUUGGAUCUUUGGACUCGAAGAAAGUUGCAGCUGCACCACCACCCCCUCCAUCCCCGCCUGCCACACCUCCGGCGGCCGGAUCGUCCAAUUCUGAAAAUGCUGUCGCAUCCCGAACUGCUGCACCCGUUGCUCUAGAGCCAUAUGGCGACCUCGUUCCUUUUGCGGACCCCGCCUGGUACCAGGGUUACACCUCCAUGUACUACAAUGAGACCCACGCUGCUCUCCGUAAGGAGGUUCGGGAAUGGGUAGAGUCCGAGAUCGAUCCACAUGUCCAUGACUGGGACGAGGCGAAGGCCAUCCCCGAACAUCUCUACAAGCAAAUGGGAGACAGAGGCUAUCUGGCUGGUUUGAUGGGUGUGGCGUAUGAACCGGCCCUGUCCAAGAACCAAGUAAAAUGUGUACCGCCAGAGAAGUGGGAUUUCUUCCAUGAAUUGAUUGUCACCGAUGAGCUCUCGCGCGCCGCCAGCGGUGGUCUCGUAUGGAACCUGAUUGGUGGUUUUGGUAUCGGCUGCCCGCCAGUUAUCAAAUAUGGAAAGAAGGAGUUGGUGCAGCGCAUCCUUCCAGCUAUUUUGUCUGGUGAUAAGCGCAUCUGUCUAGCCAUUACCGAGCCGGAUUGUGGAAGCGAUGUUUCCAACAUUUCCUGCGAGGCUAAGUUGACGCCAGAUGGGAGGCAUUAUAUUGUCAACGGUGAGAAGAAAUGGAUUACCAACGGCAUUUGGGCUGACUACUUCACAACCGCUGUGCGGACUGGCGAACCGGGCAUGAACGGUAUUAGCGUACUGCUCAUCGAGCGGUCCGCUGGUGGAGUCAGCACCCGCAAGAUGGAUUGUCAGGGUAUGUCAACAAGUGGCACUGCCUACGUCACCUUCGAAGACGUCAAGGUGCCCGUUGAGAACCUGAUCGGCAAGGGGAACCAGGGCUUCAAAGGUAGGUGAUCAAAGACCUCACCCAUACCCACCUUUCUCUUGAAGCAAUAUCCCAAGUCCUCUUAACGUAAUUCUAACGCAUAUAUACUCUACUCUUUGAGUGAUCAUGAUGAACUUCAACCACGAACGCAUGGGUAUAAUAAUCCAAUGCGUCCGCUUCUCGCGCGUCUGCUACGAAGAAUCCGUCAAAUACGCCCACAAGCGCCACACCUUCGGCAAGCGCCUGAUCGACCACCCAGUGAUCCGCAUGAAGCUCGCGCACAUGGCGCGCCAGAUCGAAGCUUCGCACAACUGGCUCGAAAACCUCGUUUUCCAAUGCCAGUCUAUGGAUGACACGGAGGCCGCGUUCCGCUUGGGCGGUGCCAUUGCGGGCCUGAAAGCACAAUCGACCACUACCUUCGAGUUCUGCGCGCGAGAGGCCAGUCAGAUCUUUGGUGGUUUGAGUUAUACUCGGGGUGGUCAGGGGGGUAAGAUUGAGCGGUUGUAUCGGGAUGUGCGCGCGUAUGCGAUCCCCGGCGGGAGCGAGGAGAUUAUGUUGGAUCUUAGUAUGAGGCAGAGUUUGAAGGUUCACCAAUUCUUUGGGAUGAAUCUGUAGGUUGCUGGCGUUUUUAUGAUUUCUUGUGGUUUUCCCUUUUUCUUUAACUUAUCCUGGGGGACAUUCAUUCCAUAUCCAAUUUUCAUUUCAUGUACAUGUACAUGUACUGUACAUACACGCAUACCAUCCAUACAUAUUUCUUCUACUUCUCCUUUAUUUCAAAGACCAAGACUGGCAUGCUAUGAUCUCCGGGAUUUUAUUUUAUUUUAUUUUAUUGUAUUUUAAUUUAUUUUUAAUUUAUUUUUUCUGCAUUUUGGGGAUUGUUUCCGUUCGGCCUAAGUUACCCAUGCUGGCUGGAUAUCAGUUCUCCAGCCUUGCUGUUCUUCGAUUUAUUUUUUGUUAUUAGACAUGUAUUGUGUCAGUAUUCAUCCAGUUGUUGCAUGAUGUCACUUGCACCAGGUAAAUAAUCCAUAAUCCCGCUUGUUUGGCCAAGGAGCCACUGC